AUGGCGCUCACUCUAGUGCCAAGUAGAAUUCUUGAGCUCCUGCUUCACUUGCAAGAAGAAGCUGCAUUAUGCAGUGCCGAGUGCCGGGACCAAGAGAUCAUGAUCGAAGAGGAAGCAAAGAACAAGAUCGCCAUCAGAUGCUCGUCCUACUCAUCCCUGCCCGCCGGUGGAUGGAACAGACAACAGCGGAGGACAUGGACAUGGCUCGUCCUGAACAACGUCGAGAGUCAUAUGUGGCUUACUGGAAGCGGCAACAUUAGUGGCAUUCCGGUCCAAUGCAGCUGUUCAAGCUUUGCAUAUCUGACAUCAUCGAGCCCAAGUGGAUAUGAUGGAAGAAGGUACCGGAAAUGUUCUUGUUGUUGUAAGCUAUUUGCAUGAAGCGCUAAAAUGCAAAAGAGAUUGCUUGGAGCAGACAUAGAG